AUUUUGCUUAUGCUAAAUUCAACCAUAUUGGGUAACUGGGAAUUGUAUGGGGAGGGGAAAAUAGCCCAUCAGUGUCCGGUUUCGGGGAGGUGCUUGGGAACCUUCACCGGCUGGAGGUUCGUGGCUGUACCGCCCGGCUCGGCCGCCUCCGCCGCCCUUCGGCUCUUUCCGGAGCGACGCGGCCGCGCUGCCGCGCCCCCUGCUGGCCGGGAGUGCGCGCCGCGCGGGGCGGUGCCUCCGGGCAGUGGGCGGGGCCAGCGGCGGCGGCGUGUCCGCUUCCCGCCAUGCGCGGAGCCGCGUUUGGGACGAAAGGGAAGGGUUCGCCAUGGUGGGUCACCGUCCCGGCAGCUCCCUGGGGCCAGGAGGGACAGGCAGGUCUGUGCUGCAGCAUCGGGGACGUGCCAGGGAGGUGUGUCCCCCCAGCCGGUGCGAUGCCACCACCAGCCGACAUUGCGUGUCUCUGGGUGUUUCUGUCUUCGCCACGAUUUGGGCAGUUCCUGCACCUUUGUUGGCUUUUCCUGGGCUGGGAAAGCUGCAGCCAUGUCAGCCCCUCCUCACCCUGCUCUGUGUCACACCGCUCCGGCCAGAGCAUCGUCACCAGCACGGCUCAGCGCUGCCGGAGCCCUCCGGGUCCCGUUGCCAUGGGUGGCUCAGCCCUGUCCUUGUCCGCACACACCAACACCUCGAGGGAGCUCCCGCUCUCUUCCUCCCCCCGUGCCCAGCGGGUUUUGCUGGUGCUCAGUCCUGGGUGAGGCAGGUGGGUCCCCCGGCAGCGUUCCCCCCUCAGCGGCGUCACCGCGGUGUGCCGGAGCACAGCGUUAUCGCUGGCAGCGCAGGUGGCCGGGAGCCGCGUGCGGUCGAUGCCGACACUGGGUUCCCGCCUGGGGAAACCGUCUCCUUCCUGCGUGCGCCGCGGGGCGAGCGGGGCCGCACCUGCAGGCAGCGUGGGCAGAGCCGCCAUGUGCCGCCGGCACCGCAAGGAGCCGGGGAUGUGCCGUCUGCGAACACCGCGGCACCGGGGAGCUGCGGCUGGUGGGCGGCGGCGGGCGCUGCGCCGGGCGGGUGGAGGUGAAGCACAACGGCGAGUGGGGCUCCGUCUGCAACUUCCACUUCGACUGGGAGACCAGUUGGGCCACCGUGGUGUGCCGGCAGCUGGGCUGCGGCGGGGUGGCCAAGGCGUCAGUCUACGCCCCGUUCGGGCAGGGCACCGGCCGGAUUUGGCUCCAGCCCUUCUUGUGCCGGGGCACCGAGGAGAUGCUGCACGAGUGUCCUAACUGGGGCUGGGGACAGCACUACUGCAACCAUGAGCGGGACUUGGGGGUGAUCUGCAAAGGUGAGGUGGGGACUUGGCCAUGCCGGGACACACGCUGUGUGCUGGGGUGUCCCCAGGCAGGGCUGAGGCUGUGCUGGUGUCCCGGUGCAGAGGCGGUGGAGCUGCGGUUGGUGGCCGGCGGGGGUCCCUGCGCCGGGAGGGUGGAGGCGAAGCUGCGGGGCCAAUGGGGUUCGGUGGGAGAUGGUGCCUGGCACAUGAAUGACGCCCAGGUGGUGUGCCGGCACCUGGGCUGCGGCUCGGCCACUGCUGCCUACACUGCCACUGCCAGAUUUGGCGAAGCGGAUGGUCCCAUCGGCCUGUUUGGCGUUGAGUGCCGCGGGGACGAGGCCACACUCUGGGACUGCGAGAUCCGCGGCUGGGGACCCCUUGAUGGUUCUCACAGCUUUGAUGUUGCCGUCACCUGCCAAGGGUUUGCCCGGCUGGUCGGCGGUGACACCGCGUGCGCCGGGCGGCUGGAGGUGCGGAGGGGACAAACCUGGGCCAGCGUCUGUGAGGAGCACGUGGACGUCAAGGCCGGCCAGGUGGUGUGCCGGGAGCUGGGCUGCGGCACGGUGCUCGCCGUCCACGGCACCGGCCAGUCUGGGGCAGGAACGGGGCCACUCUGGGACCUGCGGUUCGAGUGCUCCGGCACCGAAGCCCUCCUCUCUGCCUGCUCCCGGCAGCCGCCCCGCAGCCCCGGCUGCACCAGCCAGGCCGGCAUCGUCUGCUCCCCCUACACGGGUUUCCGGCUGGCGGGCGAGAGCGGCUGUGCCGGGCGGGUGGAGGUGGAGGUGGGGGGGACGUGGGGGUCCCUCUGUGCCACCGGCUGGGACCUGCCUGACGCCCACGUCCUCUGCCGUCACCUCGGCUGCGGCGCCGCCAUCGCCGUGCCGCCGGGAGGCUCCUUCGGCGCGGGGGACGGGCCGAUGUGGCGCGAUGGCUUCGGUUGUGACGGGAACGAAUGGCACCCGGGACAGUGCCCCGCGGCGGUGCUGGGGGGGCCCCCCUGUCCCCCCGGCCACAGCGCAGCCGUCAACUGCUCAGGUGUUGCCGAAGCCCUGCGGCUGGUGGAGGGGGAGAGCCGGUGCGACGGGCGGCUGGAGGUGACCACGAGCCCCGGGACAUGGGCCCGCGUGGCGGGGGGGCCGUGGGACACCGGGCUUGGCAGCGUGGUGUGCCGGCAGCUGGGCUGCGGCGUGCUGGAGAAAGUCUCUGGUGUGCCGGGCUUGGGCACCGUGGUGCUGCGGUGUGCCGGCACCGAGGAGAGCCUGGCACGGUGUAACGUCUCCCGGACGGCCCCUGCGCCAACCGGUAGCCCCGAGGAGGUGGCCGUCGUCUGCUCCGGCAGCCGGCGGGUGAGGCUGGCGGGUGGCCCCGGGCGCUGCGCCGGGCGCGUGGAGCUCUACGCCAAUGGCACCUGGGCCACCGCCUGCCAGGACACCUGGGACCUCCCGGACGCCACCGUCGUGUGCCGCCAGCUGGGCUGUGGCACGGCGCUGGCGGCACCGGGAGCAGGUCACUUCGGUGCCGGCGUGGGGACGCCGUGGCCGGAUGCCGGUGGCUGCGCCGGGACCGAGGUGUCAAUCUGGGCUUGUCCGGGCUCGGCACGGAGCGAUUGCCGGCGCGGUGGUGGGGCAGGUGCCGUCUGCUCAGAUCAGCUGUCCCUGCGGCUGGCGGGCGGCAGCAGCCGCUGUGCCGGGCGCCUGGAGGUGCUGCACAACGGCACCUGGGGCGGCGUUUGUGCCAACGGCACCAGCCCCGCCACGGCCAUCGCCGCCUGCCGCCAGCUGGGCUGCGGGGGCGGGGGGCGGCUGGAGCCUGCGCCCCCCGGGGACACGGCCCCCGCCUGGCUGGCCUGGGUGGGCUGCGAGAAGGGGACCCACUGGCUCUGGCGAUGUCCCUCGGCACCCUGGCGCCUGCAGGACUGCGGCCCUGGCGGGGACGCCCAUGUCGCCUGUGACGAGGACACUGAUGGCACGAGCGGGACGCCCACCCCGUCCCCAGGUGUCCCCAGCGGCACCGCCCUGAUGGCAGCGGCGGAGUCGGUGCCGGUGUCCACGGUCCUGUGUGUGGUCCUGGGGACGCUGCUGUUCCUGGCGCUGGGCGCCCUGGCCGUGCAGAUGUGCUGUGCCCGGGCUCGGCGCCGAGGCCGUGCUGGAGCUGCGGACGCCGUCUCUGAUGCCGUAUACGAGGAGCUGGAUUACACCCCGGACCCGGAGUACCAGGAGGUGCCCAGUGGCUCAGGCUCCCUGUCAGAGGGGUCGGGGACAAAGCUGCCGUAUUACGUUGGGGAUGGUGUGGAGGAGAGCGACCCCAAGGCAGCCGCAGAGUCCCCAGCCCAGCACAGCUCCCCGGAUGUCUAUGAUGAUGCUGCAGCCAUGCCAGAAGUGUCCCCCGCUCCCAGCGCUGGGGACAUGUCCGAGGGGGUGACACGGAGGAGCUGGGGCUGUCCCCCACCCACAGGUGGGAGCUGCCAGCCCUCAAGUCCUGCAGAAGCCACAGGGGACCCCCCGGCACAGCCCCCGGGGGACUAUGACGAUGUUGGCAGCAGCACCCUGGGGACGUCGCUGUGAGGAUUUCCCUGGGGACACAGGUGCAGGGGGGUGGGGCCCUGUCCCCAAGGAGGGGUGGCCCUGGUCACGGAGGUCACCUCCCGCUGCCCAGGGCCACAGCAGAGCAGCAAACCAGCUCCUGUGUCCCUCCCGCACGCAGCGCUGCAGCGAUUUUUUUUUUUUAUUGUUUCACUGUAAAGUUAUUUUUUUUUUCUCUAUUAAAACCCAAAAUUGGUUAUUGAUUCA